GGGGAGGGGAUGGGCUUGGGGUGGGGCCAGUCAAAGCGCCCCGAGUCCCACCGGAUCCGGGAUCCGAGGCUGGUGCCCCGCGCCCCGCGCCCCGCACCGCCAUGGGGGCCUGUCUGGGGGCCUGCUCCCUGCUCAGCUGCGCAUCCUGCCUCUGUGGCUCUGCACCCUGCAUCCUAUGCAGCUGCUGCCCCUCAACCCGCAACUCCACGGUGAGCCGCCUCCUCUUCACCGGCUUCCUCUUCUUGGGGGUGCUGGUGUCUAUCAUCAUGCUGAGCCCUGGAGUGGAGAGUCAGCUUUACAAGCUGCCCUGGGUGUGUGAGGACAGGGCCCAGCAACCCGUGGUCCUGCAGGGGCCCCUGGACUGCGGCUCCCUGCUGGGUUUCCGCGCUGUCUACCGUAUGUGCUUUGCCACAGCAGCCUUUUUCUUCCUCUUCAUGAUGUUAAUGAUCUGCGUCCGCAGUAGCCGGGACCCGCGAGCAGCCAUCCAGAAUGGGUUUUGGUUUUUUAAAUUCCUGAUCCUUGUGGGAAUCACCGUGGGUGCCUUCUACAUCCCUGAUGGCUCCUUUCCCAAGAUCUGGUUCUACUUUGGCGUCGUGGGCUCCUUCCUCUUCAUCCUCAUCCAGCUGAUCCUGUUCAUUGACUUUGCUCACUCCUGGAAUCAGCGGUGGCUGUGUAAGGCCGAGGAGUGUGAUUCUCCAGCCUGGUACGCAGGCCUAUUCUUCUUCACCUUCCUCUUUUACCUGUUGUCCAUCGCCGCCGUGGCGCUGAUGUUCGUCUACUACACGGAGUCUGGUGCCUGCCACGAGGGCAAGGUCUUCAUCGGCCUCAACCUCACCUUCUGUGUCUGCGUCUCCAUCAUUGCUGUCCUGCCCAAGGUCCAGAGUGCCCAGCCUAACUCGGGUCUGCUACAAGCUUCUGUCGUAACCUUGUAUACAAUGUUUGUCACCUGGUCUGCCCUAUCCAACGUCCCUGACCAAAAAUGCAACCCUCACCUGCCCACUAAGAACGGGACGGGCCAGGUGAACCUGGAGGACUACAGCACAGUGUGGUGGGACGCCCCGAGCAUUGUGGGCCUCGUCAUCUUCAUCCUGUGCACCUUCUUCAUUAGCCUGCGAUCCUCUGACCACCGUCAGGUGAACAGCUUGAUGCAGACAGAGGAGUGUCCAGCAGAAAUGGUGCAGCAGCAGCAGGUGGCCGUUGGUGACGGCCGAACCUAUGACAAUGAACAGGACGGUGUCACCUACAGCUAUUCCUUCUUCCACUUCUGCCUGGUGCUGGCCUCCCUGCAUGUCAUGAUGACACUUACCAACUGGUACAGCCCUGGGGAGACCCGGAAGAUGAUUAGCACGUGGACCUCGGUGUGGGUGAAGAUCUGUGCCAGCUGGGCAGGGCUGUUCCUCUACCUGUGGACCCUGGUGGCACCCCUGCUCCUGCCCAACAGAGACUUCAGCUGAGAAUGCCCUGCAGCCUGCCUACCUGGUGCCUUGGGGCUCAACAAGGGCCAGCCCACCGCUGGCCACACUUACCCACUCUCCUCCAGGACCUGCCCGAGUCAGGAUUCUCCAUUCUCAGUGCCUCCGGGGUCUGGGGGACAUUGUACUCUGUCUGAUCCAAGCCCCACCUUCCUUUGACCAUGGUCAUGGGUACUCACCCCUGGGACAGAAGUAACCCCUGUUCUUAGGGUCCCGAGAAGAGGGCCUGAAAGGAGAGAGUGGUCCAGAGCUGCUCAGCUGAGGGGGGUACCCACCUUAUACACUAAGGCCUGUGCUCCGGGCCUCCAGAGCCCACCCCCUUCCUAGACCAUGUGCCUUACUGAGUCUCUAAGACUUCACCCAAUAAACAUGCCUGUAUCCA